AUGAACCCCUUUCCAACUUCAGAUUCAAUUUUACCUACUCCGCCACCUGAAUCUAAUCUCCUCUCAUCAUCAAAAGCUACAGUAUACUUCCCUAAUCCCGUACAUCCCAUUGCACUGGAGUAUGCAAAGAGCAAGUUCGGGAGGGUUAUCGUUAACAUGAAUGAUCAUAGGGGAGAGGUGUGUGAUAUCGAGAAGGAUAAUGAUAUAUUGAAAGUGGCAGAUGGAAUUGUCAACCGAGCUAAUCCCUUACCUAAAUCUUUUCUUGAAAAGUGUAAAAACCUCAAAGGGAUUAGCGUGGUAGGAGUAGGAUACGAUUCAGUUGAUAUUGCUUUUUGUCGUAACAAUAAAAUAUCAGUUUUCAAUUGUCCAGGUAUAAAUUCAACUUCAGUCUCAGAACUCACUUUGACCCUGACCCUAUGUCUCCUUCGAAAAGUGACACAACUCAAUAAUCGAAUUAAGAGCCUUGCAGAGGGUGAAAAAGUAUUGGCGAUUGAUAAUUUGGGGAAUGAGUUGAGGGGUAAGAAAGUAGGUAUGAUAGGGAUGGGUAAUACAGCUAGGAAGACAGGAGAGUUAUUUCAUCACGCUUUUGAAUGUCCUCUUCAUAUCUAUUCACCCACCUCGCCUUCUAACAAGUGGAACUCUUCCGACCCAUCAUGCCAAGGGGCAUUACCCCACACCCGUCACUCAAAUCUUGAAACUCUCUUACCUGAAAUUGAUAUUCUAACCAUCCACUGUCCCCUCACCCUGACGACAAAGGACCUAAUCACCGAGCGACAACUCCGAUUGAUGAAAUCAUCCGCAAUCCUAAUCAACAUGUCAAGAGGGUAUGUAGUAAAUGAAAGUGAUUUGUACAAUGCCUUGAGAGAAGGUUGGAUAGCUUCUGCUGCAAGUGAUGUUUUUCAGGUCGAGCCGGUCAUUAGAAAAUGUAUGAAUCGGUUGGAUGAAUUGGAUAAUUUCAUUGCUACCCCUCAUAUUGGAGGAAGUACCGUCGAAGCUCAAAUCGAGAUAUGUAAAUGUGCGAUUGACCAAUUGGCGAAUUACUUUGAUGGGUAUCAAGUCAAAAAUCGAGUUUGUUGA